AUGUGGGGGCGAAGAUCCAUUGCGGCGACAAGACGCGCAGUAACAGUCCAGGCCAGUCACCCCGUCACUCUCCGCCCCUCCCCCUCCUUGGGUCCCUCCUUCUCUUCAUUUUCUCCCCCUUCACCAUUUCGACCACGACUGCGUCCGCGGGUUCUUGUGCCAGCGCCUUUACAACUUGCUUUCGCUCCAGUUCGACACUGCUCCGCCGAGGUUCGUAUGAUGGCGUCUUCCGACAGAGAUACUCUGCCAGACGUGGCCAAACCCAUCAACUAUCAUGUUUCCCUCUUCGAUCUACAGCUCGGUGGCUCCUGGGAAUACAAUGGUGUGGUGAAGAUCAAGCUCAAGCUCAACCGUCCCACCAAGGAACUAGUUUUGAACUCGAAAGAGAUCAAUGUGAAGACUGCCGAAGUACUGGGCAAAGAUGGUAAUCGACUCUUUGUGACCAACGAAAUCUCCUACGACAAAGAGUCGGAGCGCAUUUCUUUACAGUUCCCUCAUGAAGUCUUGCCUGAAGACAUCGUGCUUUCAGUCAAUUUCACGGGAACCAUGAACAAUGUCAUGGCGGGGUUUUAUCGGUCCAAGUAUAAGCCCGUCGGGGAGCCGACUGCCGACACACCGAAGGAAGGCGACUUCCACUACAUGCUGAGCACUCAAUUCGAGUCUUGCGACGCACGCAGGGCCUUCCCCUGCUUCGAUGAGCCUAAUCUGAAAGCUACCUUCGAUUUCGAGAUCGAGGUCCCCAAGGGCCAGACGGCCCUCAGCAACAUGCCUGUCAAAUCAGAAAGGGCUGGAAGCCACGCUGGGCUGAAAAUUGUGACCUUUGAAAAGACACCUGUCAUGAGCACCUACCUUCUGGCCUGGGCUGUGGGUGACUUUGGAUAUGUUGAAGCCAUGACCAAGCGCAAGUAUCAAGGAAAGAGCAUUCCAGUUCGCGUCUACACUACACGGGGUCUGGAAGACCAGGCUCGCUUCGCGCUGGAGUGUGCCCAUCGGACGGUUGAUUACUUCUCCGAGAUCUUUGAGAUCGAAUACCCGCUUCCCAAGGCAGACCUGUUAGCCGUGCAUGAAUUUGCCAUGGGAGCCAUGGAGAAUUGGGGCUUGGUCACUUACCGGACGACGGCUGUUCUCUUUGACGAAGGAAAGUCAGACAAUCGCUAUAAAAAUCGUAUUGCCUACGUGGUGGCUCACGGUAAGAUUGAUUCUGAGUUGUGUUUCAAGCUUCUGGCAUUUCCAUCUGACGCAUCUCGUAUACAAGAACUCGCUCAUCAGUGGUUUGGUAACCUCGUCACCAUGGACUGGUGGAAUGAGCUUUGGCUUAAUGAAGGCUUUGCAACCUGGGUCGGUUGGCUGGCUGUCGAUCAUUUCCAUCCCGACUGGAAUGUCUGGUCUCAGUUUGUCGCUGAAGGUGUGCAACAAGCAUUUCAUCUCGACUCGCUGCGUGCCUCUCACCCAAUCGAAGUACCGGUUCGAAACGCUCUCGAGGUGGACCAGAUCUUCGACCACAUUAGCUAUCUAAAAGGAAGCUCGGUCAUCCGCAUGCUAAGUGUCCAUCUUGGGCAGGAGACAUUCCUUCGAGGAGUUGCUGACUACCUCAAAUCUCAUGCAUACGGCAACGCGACUACCAAUGCCCUAUGGUCCGCCUUGAGUAAAGCAUCUGGCCAGGAUGUGCACGGCUUCAUGGACCCGUGGAUCCGCAAGAUUGGGUUCCCCGUUGUCACCGUAGCAGAGGAGCCUGGUCAGAUCAGCGUUCGCCAGAACCGAUUCCUGUCCACGGGAGACGCAAAGUCCGAAGAAGACGAGACGACUUGGUGGAUUCCUCUCGGUAUCAAGUCAGGCCAGACGCUGGCUACUGUGGAUACUCGCGCUCUUACGAAGAAAACUGACACUGUGGGCGGUAUUGGCGAGGAUACCUUCUACAAGAUCAACAAGGAUCUAUCGGGAUUUUAUCGCACAAACUACCCACCUGCGCGUUUGGCCAAGCUGGGUCAAUCCCUUGAUCUUCUGAGCACCGAGGACAAGAUCGGUCUGCUGGGAGACGCAGCUGCACUUGCGGUCUCUGGCGAGGGCACCACACCUGCCUUGUUGGCUCUCUUGGAGGGCUUCAAGGGCGAGCAGAAUUAUCUCGUUUGGUCCCAGUUAUCUUCAUCGCUUGCUAGUCUCCGCUCUGUUUUCUCCCAGAAUGAGCAAGCUGGUGAGGGGCUGAAGAAUUUCACUCGGAACCUGGUGGCCCCGGCUGCAGAGCAGAUUGGCUGGGAGUUUCAACUGAAUGAAGACUAUCUUACUGUUCAACUUCGCAAGCUUCUAAUCGCAAUGGCAGGAAAUGCCGGCCACGAGAGCAUUGUCACGGAAGCCAAGCGCCGCUUCGAUCUCUGGGCUUCUGGCCAAGACAAGAGCGCCGUGCACACCAACCUUCGCUCAGCGAUCUUUAGCCUGAAUGUGUCAGAGGGCGGCCGGAAGGAGUAUGACGCUGUCAAGGAGGAGUAUCUCCGUACAGAUUCCGUGGAUGGUAAGGAAAUCUGCCUGGCUGCGAUGGGUCGCACCAAGGAGCCAGCUUUGGUGCAGGAUUACUUGGAUUUUGUCUUCUCGGACAAGGUGGCCAUCCAGGAUGCCCACAGCGGUGCAGUGUCCCUGGCUGCCAAUGCGAAGAUGCGACACCUUCUGUGGGAAUACAUCAAGACGAAUUGGGCCUCGGUGGAAGAGCAUCUGUCAUCCAACAACGUGGUCUUCGAACGGUUCCUUCGAAUGGGGCUUUCCAAAUUUGCCGACCACAAGAUUGGCGAGGAUAUCGCAAGUUUCUUCAAGGGCAAGAAUACGGGAGCCUAUGCCCGCGCCCUAGUCAUCGUGUCCGAUAACAUACGGACCAAUGCAUCCUACAAAGAGCGCGACCAGGCCCUAGUCCUGGAAUGGUUGCAGGCUCACGGCUAUGCGUGA